AUGACAGCACACAAAUGUCCUUCAGGAUCUCAGGAGGACGACUGUUGCCCAAAACCUGGAGGGGGUAGUGCCGAAAACGGAAAGCACCUGCCGCCUGUAGAAGAUGCAAAGACACCUGAACUCACAGAAAGAGACGACUGGUUUCCUCUUUCCGAGUGGCCUAGUAGUGGGAGCAACAGUGGCAGUAGUACAGGUGGACAGCGUACUCAGAGAUGCCCCGGAACACAUGAGACGCCAGUUCAUUUGGAACAACCUGUAGUAGAGCACACCGUGGCAUUCUCCACAAAAUCCAGGGCAUUACUUCGAAAAUCUUCAACAGAAGGGAAUUGUUUCAGCACACAGGAGAACGUGCUGCCUCAAAACACCGUAGAUUCGGCCCAGGAAAUACUCCAAAAUGCUGGCGCAGUUUCCGCAUCUCUUUCCUUCGAGGGGUCCGGCUCCCCGAGGGCUUCAACCAUUGCAUCCGCCCUGAAAUCUGAGUGUGCUCCAGUUCGGGGUUGCCACUUACCACAAUGUACCAGUUCUCCAAUAUCUCGAAUCGGCGCCAAAAGGUCUCUGGUUUGUGGACCGGUUUCUGUACAACAGACCCUUACAGAGCGUCAGUUGGACAUCGAGAAGAGGAUGCUAGAAGUUAGACAGCAAAACAGGCGUCGUUUGCUUCGAAGGCAGCAGGAAGCUAAGGAACAACAAAUGCAGCGCAUGAAAGAACACCGUGCAGCUCUGUUGGCUAGGAAGGAAAGAAUAAAGCUAGCAUCGUUGUGGAAGGAAAGAGGAAUGGCUGCAGCUGCUAGGCCUUCAACAACUUUAAAAGCGAGGAGAACGACAGAGGAGCUUCCUUCAGACAAUUCCCAGCUGACAGAGAAUCCUAGUCGAGGAGCAGAUGAGCUGCUUGCAGCACUGGUGAUGUCAGAAUCGAUAUCCCUCCAGACAGACCUCGGAAGCGCUGGGGAUGAUGCCAGUGUAGAUUUAGCACGCAAGGAAACCUGCCCGCCGUUCAGCUUUCGUUGUCCUGGUGAUUUACCAGAUGAAAGGACCGGCUCAACAUACGUUGCUACAGCACAGCCUGUGGUGUCCGUUCCUUCAAUUUGUCACCAGCAUAAAUCAAUUCCGUACAGACGAAGCCCAAAAGCCAUGCUGCAGCCCACAAAAGAGCCUGGAACAGUAAACGCAGGCGCCUCCGUUAUGGAGGUCUCCCAGAAAUCUACACAACAGAGCAGAUGCACCCUUUCCGGAUCGUUACUGAGCUCUCAGCUACGGAAUAAGGUGGCAUCGUCACAGAGGGUGAUGUCUUUACGCCAGCAGUUCCAAGACACCCCAGCUGGGCCUCGGAGCUCCAGUGAAGCACCGUAUCCAUGCGGGAGACCAGUGGCAUUAACGCGGAACCGCCGGCUGAAGCCCGGGAUGAAGCCGGUUAGUGUGGAUAAGUCAUAUACUUACGAUAUGCAACAAGGGGAGGACAGAGACUCUUCUUUAUUGAGAGAACGAGAAUGCGAGCAUAAAAGCCAAACGUACCGAAAAAUCAGGCCGGUGAUUGUGGUGGCUGAUCAACAUCUUAAGAACGAACUGGACAUUCACUUGCAGCAUCACCAGCAGGUUGCGCUUUCCAGAAAUAAAGAUAAACUACGUGUAACUGAUGGAUCAGGUUCCCUUCCAUUUCCGCCUCUACGAAACAGCUCAAGCACAUGGAGGCCCCCCGCAACAAACUCGAAGUUAGCGGAGGAAGAUGGAGCUCUAGGGAUGCCGAAUCUCGCUAACCUAUCGGUGCACAAGACUGCCGGUGCUGCGAGUAUUUGUCAGGCAACACAAUGCGCAAACCCUUCCAUCGUUUCCGGAGAAAGUGCUCACAUUCAAUUGAGAUUUCCAAAUCGAUCUAAACAGGGACAAAUCAAGACUAGGGCUCCAUCGUUUACCUUGAAGGAACGGUUGAUAUCAUGUAGGCUAGCCAACUUCGGAGUUCCUGAAAUGCAAGCUUUAAGCUCCCCAAUUUCCAGUGGGAUGGAAGUGCCUGGAAAGGAACAGGCUGAAGGGCUACAGGUGGUGCGUAUACGCCGCGAUAUAUGGUGUGAAAAGGGACUAUCCAAUCAUGAGCUGGAGAACGUUGGGUCCUCAGAUUCUCAUACAGGUCCCUGCAAAACUUUCCAGUUGCAUGAGAACGGCCUGCUGGGUACGAAAGAUCGGUAUAUUAUGCAUUUCCCAUCAUCGCAUGGCGAUUCCGACGGCAGCAGUGCUGCAACCAAGCCGCAAGAAGACGACGUCAAUACGAGGGGAGGGCACACAAAGAGCAAUGGCUUAGAGGAUAGAAUAGAUAUGUGUCAAACGGCUCUAAGCGGACACUAUGAAUUGAUUGGAGAUGAAAAAGGAACAGUUUCGGCAGUUUGGGCCCUUCAAAAAGCAGAAGUAGAGGAGGAGAAGCGACUGUUGCUGCUUGAAAUGUCGCAUCAUGCCAUCGAGAAACAGGCAGAAGCAAGAAGAAGAGGGAAGAAAGGGCAGCCUCCUUUACUGGCACAACACUUGCGAACGAGACACUGUAUCCGCCCUGAAACUGAUACUGGAUGCUCUCAGCUAGUUCAAAAAACCCAACCCUGUGCUGAAGCCAGCUCUCUUGUGGUGCAUCCAGUAGACGAGUCGUUAAUGUCAAAAGCUGAAUUUCACAUUCCCCAAAAUUUCGGUGAUACCGAAGUCUGCAAGAAUCUUCCUGACGGCAGCCAUGCGCCUCUUCCGGUUCCCAAAGAAGGAAAUAUGCAGGCCAGUAGGGCUGUGCCAUAUAUUCACAGCACCAAAAAUUAUCGUGGAAGUCCUGCCUCCCGUCCCUUCAACGUCUCCUCAGGAAUGACUCGUAAGCCAAAGCUGCGCACCUUUGCACCUUCAAAAAAUUUGGCAGAAAUAUCCAGACAAGCUGAAACAACUGUGGAGGGAGACGAAAAGGUCCACCAUAAUGGACAGCCGCAGGAACUCCAGAGCGAUUUUCCGUUAAUGCAGCAGCAAGCCCUCAUUGCUCAGCUUCUGGGGCACGGAGUUUUGGCAGGUCUGAACGGAGGCAGUUCUGCUACCACGAAGGCGGCUGAAUUCCAGUCAGAUUCAUGCUUGCCUUCUUGCGGGUUUCAUGACAAAUAUGACACUAGCCCUCGUAUUCGAACCAUCAAGCGACGCACGAUGUUGCAGGCUCUACAGCACCUGUUACUUUUCCCCUCUAAGUCUUCACACCGCAUCACAUUGAAAAAGGCCAAUCACCUUGGGAAGGAAGGGAACACUUCUCAGAAAGAGACCCAGAAACAAGGGUCCAAACUGCAUCGUCAACGGCGGCUCCCCACAGAACAGCCAUGGCAUUCAGCUUACUGUCCUAUCGAAAAGUCUAUUCCGGAAGGGAGUAGUGCAAGCAGCCGGUUAUUCUGUAGGUCGUCUUCCAGCUCCAGUGGCGCAGCGGGACAGACGUCUCUUCUUUCAACAGCAGGGAACGUAGAAUAG